AUGACAUACAUUAAUCAUCUUGCAGGAACCCUGAAAGAUGAUACCCAAAGAAAUCUACAAAUACUAAAGCAUCGUAUUGAUCUGAUAGAUAAUUUGCCAAAUUCUUUCGAUCCGAGAGACAAAUGGUUGAAAUGCACGUCUUUGAACGAAAUCAGAGAUCAGGGCGCUUGUUCUAGUUGCUGGGCUUUAGGUGCAGUGGCAGCGAUGACUGAUCGAUACUGUAUAUUCUCAGAGGAGAAAAAACAGUUUCAUUUCUCUGCCGAGGAUUUGAUUAGCUGUUGUGAAACUUGUGGACUGGGAUGUGUUAAAGGACUUCAUAUAGCGGCUUGGAUAUACUGGACAAGGCUCGGACUUGUGUCAGGAGGCAAUUACAACUCGAGUCAAGGCUGCAAACCCUACAAUAUACCACCAGGAGAAAAUUACGUGACCGAAGAGUUGUCACCUUUAGGCCGUAUAGUUGAUAUAUCGCAAUGUUUGACGUUCUGUGACCCCAGUUACAACGUCGCAUAUCGGGAUGAUAAACGAUAUGGUGAGAGAGUCUACCUUCUAGAACGUAAUGAGAAUCAGAUAAGAAUUGAACUAUUUUGCAACGGACCCGUAGAGGGUGUAAUGGAAGUUUUUACAGAUUUCCUCAAUUACAAACACGGGGUUUACAAUUAUACAGAAGGUGAGUCAAUAGGUCACCAUGGAGUUAAAAUUAUGGGCUGGGGAGAGGAGCACGGCCACAAAUAUUGGCUGGUAGCUAACUCUUGGGGCAAAGAUUGGGGUGACGAAGGUUUCUUUAAAAUUCUUCGCGGAGUAAACCAUUGUGGUAUUGAGGAGUCUAUAGUCGCGGGUGAACCGAUAAUAACAGUUUGA